AGCAGAGACUGGCUUCUUUUUUCGUUUGGGGCCAGUGGUCGCCUCUAAGGAAGUGAUGGGAGCAGCAGGCAAAGCCUAACGUAAAGGGGCGGGGCCAGGACUCCAAGGUUCUGGGCCUACUUUCUCUGCCCUCUGGUCGCUUUUGGCGAGUUUGAAAAAUGGGGAGAAACUAUCCAGGCUCUUACUGUCUGGCACGUAGUAGAUGCCCAAUAAUUGUUGAAUGUAUUGAAUGGGCAAAGCUGGAAUUUUUCUUCCUUCAUCAAGCAAACUUGCCCCAAUUUUCCAUCCCUGGUUAACUGUGAAGUACAGUGCUAUCUAGCCCUUUCCACUCUUUGAAGAUUUGGAACGGGUAUACACUUUGGUGGGAGAGAUAUAAGGGGCGCAAAGAAGGCUUAUAUCUCCAGCCAGGUCCCUUUCCUUUACCCAGAAGGUCUAGAGCCCUGAAAAGAAUGAGUGCUCAGUUCAGCACGCCAGGAAUACUGCUUCUCGGUUGGCCUGGGGUUUUAGUUGUAGGGUCUAGGGCUGGGUCGGCCCAGAGGUAAUGACCCCCACCAGAGCUCUGAGCUCAGAGACUCUGGGCUGUCCACUCACAGCAUCCCCAGAUCCUAGUUCAAGGGUCUGCUCGCUUUGGGGAACCCCUGGAGCAGUGUUUUCCCCAUCAUCCAUUGGAAGGGAGGGUGUGAAGGAGGCUGAGGGUUACUGCUGUCCCUGAGAGCUCCCCCUCACUAGCAGGGUUGCGCUCUCCCUUCGUCCAACCGUUUCGCCUGCCUCUUCAUAAGGAAAACUGCUUCUCAAACAUUAUCUUAUCAGGGCUUUGGGCUCCUCUGCAAGAUGAGCAGGUCUGUUCUGUCACUCCACUUUAAAGGUGAAACUGAGGCCCUUGAGUGGAAGCGCCUUGUCCGGGGUCAAGCGCGUCGGGAUAAAGAACUUAGGCAUUCGGAUUUUCCCCGAAUUCCUUUCCUACUCCUCCACCUUCCUCCACCCCACCCACCAUGCAGCGAGAAGGGAGAAAACAGCAUCGCGAAAGGACCAAGAAGGGUCAACUUAGGCCUGUCUGAAGAGCAUGCUGCCCCCUCACUCCCCGCCUGGCCUGGCCAUCCCUGCCCCCCCAGCCUGACCCCCGGCCCCAGCAUGGCCCAGGGUGCCAUGCGCUUCUGCUCGGAGGGCGACUGUGCCAUCUCCCCACCACGAUGUCCACGCCGCUGGCUCCCCGAAGGCCCGGUGCCCCAGAGCCCCCCAGCCAGCAUGUAUGGCAGCACAGGCUCCCUGCUAAGGCGGGUAGCAGGUCCAGGUCCCCGAAGCCGGGAAUUUGGACGUGUGACAGCACCCUGUACCCCCCUGCGUGGUCCCCCAUCACCUCGUGUUGCUCCCUCACCCUGGGCACCCUCCUCCCCUACUGGGCAGCCCCCACCAGGGACCCGGAGCUCCGUGGUCAUAUUCCGCUUUGUGGAGAAGGCCAGCGUGAGGCCACUAAAUGGGCUACCUGCUCCCGGAGGCUUGAGUCGGAGCUGGGACCUGGGUGGGGUCUCUCCUCCCAGGCCCACCCCAGUCCUUGGGCCUGGCUCCAACCGGAAGUUGCGGCUGGAAGCAUCCACAUCAGAUCCACUCCCAGCAGGAGGAGGCUCAGCUCUACCUGGCAGCCAGGGCCUUUUACAUGGGCCACCAGCUCAACCUCAGGUUGGAGCAGAUGGUCUUUACUCCUCUCUCCCCAAUGGGCUGGGGGGGCCUUCUGAGCACCUGGCCACAUUAUUCCGAGGACCUGCUAACACUGGACUCCUGAACCAGGGGGACACCUGGUCCUCACCUCGGGAAGUCUCCUCUCAUGCCCAGAGAAUUGCUCGAGCCAAAUGGGAAUUCUUCUAUGGCUCUUUGGACCCCCCCAGCUCAGGUGCUAAGCCCCCAGAGCAGGCCCCCCCAUCUCCACUUGGGGUGGGCUCAGGGCAGGACUCUGGGGUAGCUGUGGGGCGAGCAGCCAAGUACUCCGAGACGGACCUGGACACGGUGCCCCUGAGGUGCUACCGAGAGACCGACAUCGAUGAGGUGCUGGCUGAGCGGGAGGAGGCUGACUCGGCCAUCGAAAGUCAGCCCAGCUCUGAGGGCCUGCCUGGCACUGCCCUUCCACCUGCCCCACAUCCCAGCCCAUGCCUUGGCCCUCGUCCUAGCCUGGGCAGUGGCAAUGAGGAUGAGGAUGAGGCAGGUGGGGAAGAGGAUGUGGACGACGAGGUGUUUGAGGCCUCAGAGGGGGCCCGGCCAGGCACCCGAAUGCCUCACUCUGGGCCUCUCAAGUCUCCUUUGCCCUUUCUACCUGGGACCAGUCCCUCAGCUGAUGGGCCCGACUCUUUCAGUUGUGUGUUUGAAGCCAUCUUGGAGUCACACCGGGCCAAGGGCACCUCCUACACCAGCCUCGCCUCGCUGGAGGCCCUGGCCUCACCUGGCCCAACCCAGAGCCCCUUCUUCACGUUUGAGCUGCCUCCCCAACCUCCUGCCCCGAGGCCUGACCCACCUGCUCCUGCCCCACUUGCCCCUCUUGAACCAGAUUCUGGUACUAGCUCUGCUGCUGAUGGGCCUUGGACACAGAGAAGGGAAGAAGAGGAGGCAGAGGCUGGAGCCAAGCAGGCCCCAAGGAGGGAGCCCCCUAGUCCUUGCCACUCAGAGGACAGCUUUGGGCUAGGGGCAGCACCCCUGGGCAGUGAACCACCCCUGAGCCAGCUGGUGUCCGACUCAGACUCAGAGCUGGACAGCACAGAGCGGCUGGCCCUGGGAAGCACAGACACCUUGUCCAAUGGGCAGAAAGCAGACCUGGAGGCUGCGCAGCGCCUAGCUAAGAGGCUCUACCGACUAGAUGGCUUCAGGAAGGCGGAUGUGGCCCGGCACCUGGGCAAGAACAAUGACUUCAGCAAACUUGUGGCUGGCGAGUACCUCAAGUUCUUUGUCUUCACGGGCAUGACUCUGGACCAAGCUCUCAGGGUGUUUCUGAAGGAGCUGGCCUUAAUGGGUGAGACUCAGGAACGGGAGCGCGUGCUGGCCCACUUCUCCCAGAGAUACUUCCAGUGCAAUCCCGGAGCCCUUUCUUCAGAGGACGGUGCGCACACGCUGACCUGUGCCCUAAUGCUACUCAACACGGAUCUCCAUGGCCACAACAUUGGGAAGCGCAUGACCUGUGGAGACUUCAUUGGGAACCUGGAGGGCCUCAACGAAGGCGGCGACUUCCCCAGAGAGCUGCUAAAGGCCUUGUACAGCUCCAUCAAGAAUGAAAAGUUGCAGUGGGCCAUAGACGAGGAGGAGCUGAGACGCUCUCUGUCUGAGUUGGCCGACCCCAACCCCAAGGUCAUCAAGAGGGUCAGCGGGGGCAGUGGCAGCGGCUCCAGCCCUUUCCUGGACCUGACUCCUGAGCCCGGGGCCGCAGUCUACAAGCACGGGGCCCUGGUGCGAAAGGUGCACGCAGACCCUGACUGCAGGAAGACACCUCGGGGCAAGCGGGGCUGGAAGAGCUUCCACGGGAUCCUCAAGGGCAUGAUCCUCUACCUGCAGAAGGAGGAGUACCAGCCUGGGAAGGCCCUGUCGGAGGCAGAGCUUAAGAAUGCCAUCAGCAUCCACCACGCGCUGGCCACGCGCGCCAGUGACUACAGCAAGAGGCCCCAUGUCUUCUACCUGCGCACAGCUGACUGGCGGAUCUUCCUCUUCCAGGCCCCGAGCCUGGAGCAGAUGCAGUCCUGGAUCACUCGCAUCAAUGUGGUGGCUGCCAUGUUCUCUGCACCCCCUUUCCCAGCUGCUGUCAGUUCCCAGAAGAAGUUCAGCCGCCCUCUACUGCCCAGCGCGGCCACCCGCCUCUCCCAGGAGGAGCAGGUGCAGACCCACGAGGCCAAGCUGAAGGCUAUGGCAAGUGAGUUGCGGGAGCACCGGGCUGCCCGCCUGGGCAAGAAGGCCCGAGGCAAGGAGGCUGAGGAGCAGCGGCAGAAGGAGGCCUACCUGGAGUUCGAGAAAUCCCGCUACGGCACGUAUGCAGCACUGCUUCGGGUCAAGCUGAAGGCAGGCAGUGAAGAGCUGGAUGCAGUAGAGGCAGCACUGGCCCAGGCCGGGAGCACAGAGGAUGGACUUCCCCCUCCUCACUCCAGUCCCUCUCUGCAGCCCAACCCCUCCAGCCAGCCCCCGGCUCAGUGUCCUGGCUCAGAGCCUCGGGCAGGGGCAGGCAGUGGGCGGUGGAAGCCCUGAGUUGGGGAUGGGAGUGUGUGGGGAGGGUGGUGCCCACUGGGCACCUGCAUGCCGUGGUCCUGCCUGAGCCCGGGCCGGCCUCGGGCCACCUGUGAGGGCCCCUUGGCCCAGGGCCUGACCGCGCCGGACGCGGUGUCCGGGGCAGGGCAGGGCUAGGGCGUGGGCCUCAGGAGCCUUAGGCUAAAGGCCCCUCUGAGAUCCCCUUUUUGUGAUAAUGUUUUGCACUUUUUCGUACAGGGGCUGGGGUGGGAGGGGCCAGGGCCCCUGGACUUUUGAUGCUUUUUUUUUUCUUUUGUGGGGGAGACCUGACGUUUCUGCUUUCUGCUGAGACCACCCCCACCCCUGACACCAGCAAUCCCCCUCCAUCCUGGGGCCUGGCUCAGAGUCCAGGAGUUGGGGCUGAGCUGGUUUCCCUCCCUCUUCCCUGAGGACUCACCCUCUCUCUUUCCAGAGGUGGAGGAAAGGUGUCCAUGCCGAGGCCCCGUGCACAGGCCAGGGGCAGCAUGGUCUCGCUUUCCCUCCUUCAGUGGGUCCCGCCCUUUGUACAGCCUCCACCUCCAUUAAAACUGCUCUAGACUUGC